UUUGUAGAAAUAUCAUGAUUAAAUUAUCUUUCUUUUUUAUUUCAACACAACAAAACAAAUCAUAUACAAUCUUAAUGGUGACAAGGUAUUGCAGAACAUAAAAGAAUACUUAAACAGGAAAGAAAAACAUAGAUAGUACAAAUAUACUGUAAGACAAACAGUUCAAAAAGGUUCCACAGGAAUAAAUGUAUAAAUUCUCUUUCUAAUGAACACCUUGUAGUAUCAUGACCUUGCCUUAAGCACAUGGACAGUAAUGAACUGUAAAACUGCCAACCCUUUUCCCGUCAAACCUGUUGCUUUUUUAAAGGCACAGCUAUAUCUCAAAAUAUAUUAAAAAAAAAAAAAUCAAUUAGCUCACACAACAAUUUAGUCAUUGUCUGAUAAAAUGUUUUGAUAAGCACUGGAAAAGGCGCCCAUUUCAUGGAAUGAACCUCGUGUACUGUACAUGUGUCACCGCCAGGGGGCGCAGACCAUAUUUCAUCCGCUCUCUCUCUCUCCUCCAGCGGAGCCCUUGCCAACCGCCCCCUCUCUCCCUCUCCACGCUCCUUUCGCGACGCUGAGCCACAAAGCGGACUGUCGGCGCACGGCAGUGGCACCUCGCCGCUUCAGGGUGAAGAUGUUCGGCAGUCUGUGCGCCCGUAAGCUGGCUCGCCGAUCGCGGUCAGCGUUAAUAGCCGCGCUGACAGUGCUGCUGGUCCAAACGCUCAUCGUGUGGAACUUCAGCAGUCUGGACACGGGAGAAGACCGAAAAGACAACGGUAGAGAGAAGAGGGACCGAAUCGGCAUCAACAAAGCCUACAGCGAGUACCCGAAGAGCGGCUACCAGAAGAGGCAUCACCAGCCGCCGCUUGGGAAAGCGUCCAUUCGACAUAAACAGCAGCCGGACGGCUACUACUCGCACCGACCCAAGGAGAAAGUCCGCGUGGACAGCAACAACGAGAACUCCGUUCCCAAAGACUUUGAGAACAUAGACAACAGUAAUUUCGGGGCACGUUCACAGACACAGAGACAUGCGCCCGGCAAGCACAAACAAGGCCUUCUGGAGAAGGCGCAUGCGCAGCAAAGCCUGAGCAAGAACUCUAAUGAGGUCAUUCAGUAUGCACAAAACAAAGGUGGCUACAAUCAGACGCGCACUGAGCUUCACCGGAAGGCCAAUCCCACCCUUCAUCCACAGCAAACCCAGCAGCACCGGCACCACCUCCAGCAGGCCAAGCGAUCUGCCACACCCACCGCAGACAUCAAAUACGACCAGCCGCCCAAAUGCGAGAUCAGUGGCAAAGAGGCAAUCUCCGCCCUCUCUCGUGCCAAGACCAAGGAGUGCCGGCAGCAGAUAGUGGAGGUUUACUGCCGCCACAAAGAACGCCAGCUCAUGCCUGAGAAAGUCACCCGUUAUUGCCCGGUAGAGGGCAAAGUGAAUGUGAAUGUGCAUUGGGAGGAGGACUCAAUGGAGACUGUGCCUGCUGUGCCGGUGCGGAUAGCCUUCAUGUUGGUGGUCCAUGGACGGGCCUCUCGUCAGGUGCAGCGUCUCUUCAAGGCCAUAUACCACACAUCUCAUUUCUACUACAUUCAUGUGGACCAGCGAUCUAACUACCUCCACAGGCAGAUGGUGGCUCUGGCUCACCAGUAUCCCAACGUCCGGGUCACACCGUGGCGCAUGUCUACGAUAUGGGGCGGUGCCAGCCUGCUCACCAUGUAUCUAAAGAGCAUGAGGGACCUGCUGGCCAUGCGAGAUUGGUCCUGGGAUUUCUUCAUCAACCUGAGUGCUGCUGAUUACCCAAUCAGGACCAACGAUCAGCUGGUGGCCUUCCUGUCCAAAUACAGAGAUAUGAAUUUCAUCAAGUCUCACGGGAGAGAUAACGCUCGAUUCAUCAGAAAACAAGGUUUGGACCGGCUUUUCUUUGAGUGCGACACCCAUAUGUGGCGGCUUGGAGACAGGAAAAUUCCAGAAGGCAUAUCCGUAGAUGGAGGCUCUGACUGGUUUCUGCUCAACCGAAUGUUUGUGGAGUAUGUCAUCAACUCUCAAGACGACCUUGUGACCAACAUGAAGCGUUUCUACGCAUACACGCUACUACCUGCAGAGUCGUUCUUCCACACAGUUCUGGAGAACAGUCCGCACUGCGAGAGCAUGGUAGACAACAACCUUCGCAUCACUAACUGGAAUCGAAAGCUGGGCUGCAAGUGUCAGUACAAGCACAUCGUGGACUGGUGCGGCUGCUCACCAAAUGACUUCAAGCCCUCCGACCUGCCCCGUUUCCAGCAAACCACCAGGCCCACAUUCUUUGCAAGGAAGUUUGAAGCCAGCGUAAAUCAAGAGAUAGUGAACCAGCUGGACGUCUUUCUGUUCGGGAGUAUGCCGCAGGGCACGCCGGGUCUCAAGGCCUACUGGGAGAAUGUUUUUGAUGAAGAGGAUGGGAUUCACAGCCUGUCCGACGCACAUCUCACUUACUAUCAUGCCUUCGCCCGAUUGGGUCUGGCACGAACUGCCAACUCAUUACAGGGUGACCUCAAUGACAACAGCUGCAGGUAUUAUGCCAUGGGACAUCCUGUGUCUGUCCACAUCUACUUCCUGUCUGAUGAGUUCCAGGGAUACCUGGUCAGGCAUCACGCCACCAACUUGGCAACCAGCAAACUGGAAACCCUGGAGACUUGGGUCAUGCCCAAACAGUUCUUCGAAUUCACCAAUCCACCCAAUACCUUCAACCGACUGCAGUUUGCAGAGAUUGGAACAGACUGGGAUGCUAAGGAAAGGAUAUUUCGGAACUUUGGGAAUCUUAUGGGACCCAUGGAUGAGCCUGUGGGAAUGCAGAAAUGGGGAAAAGGGUCAAAUGUGACUGUGACUGUGGUGUGGAUUGAUCCCACCAAUGUCAUCGCUGCCACCUACGAUAUCCUAAUCGACGCCAGUGCUGAAUUCACACACUACAGGCCUCCUCUGAACCGGCCCCUGCGGCCCGGGAUGUGGACCGUACGCGUGCUGCAUCACUGGACCCCUGUGGCAGAGACACGCUUUCUCAUCACUCCCCUUACCCACCACAAACACCUGCCUAUACGCCAAGAGGAUGCUUUAAAAACGCACAACGGGCCGGCCAAGAACAGCUAUAUGGAGCAGAGUUUCCAUGGUCUGAACCCUAUCCUCAACAUCCCGGUCCACCUGGGUCAGGUAGAGGCAGCCGAGCACAACGCAGAGCUUACGGGGUCCGAGCUGGAGCGCUGGGUGGACAGUCUGCUGGGCAAAGUGUGGUCAGCUGUGGACGUGUGUUCAACAGGCCCCAGUGGCUGUCCAGUCAUGCAGACUUGCAGGGAAACGGUGUGGAGCUCUCUCAGCCCGGACCCAAAGUCCCAGCUGGGCCCACCCAAAACCAACGGACGAAUCAGGUAGCAGCAUUCACUGCCCUGAAGACUCGCCUUCUUUCAUUUCUUAGGUCAUUUUGUUUUUAUUAUUUAUUUUCCAGCGUCGCUCGUGUGAAUAUGAGCAGAACGGACCUUUCUCAAACGCAAGACACGGGCCACGAAAAUGUACGCUGCAAAGUUUUUGAAUAUUAUUUUAAAAAUGUGCGGCCUCUGGCUAUCUCAAACUCUGAGUGCUCUAGUGAUGUGAGUGUUGUCAGGCUUCCUAUAUUUUAUUUAUUUCAAUUACUGUGAUUGAAUCUUUGUCAACUGGACACAGCAGGUGAUGCCUAUGUGUAGGUGUUACAGCUGAAUGCUGGGAUUGGGAUAUUAAGCACAGAAAGGACCUUAACACUGGUUGAAAGACCAAAAGGGAUGUUUGUAUAGUAAGCCUCUAUAUUUCAAAUCAAACACACUUGCACCUACCGUGAAUGAUGGAAUGUGUUUUUCAACCUAUACCUUAUUAAAACCAGUGUUUCAGAUCAUAUAUCAUUGUGUUUAGCACGACAUUGCUGGUUUCUUUUAGUUUUGAGAAAAAUAUGUCCCUUUUUAUAGGCUUUUCACUGGAUCAAAUGAAGUGAAACAGGCAUUUAAAGCCUUCAGACUCCCCCUAAUAAAGUCUUCUAUUUAGUUUUAAUAAGUUAUUGGUUGAAAAACAUCUGUUUUGAAUAAAAAAAAUGAGCUUUUGACAAGUAGAAGUGAUCCAGUGCCGUGCAAGUUGCCAAACUACACAGAAUCCUAUUGCCUUUGUAGCCAAAAUGUUGUAGUUUGUAAUGCCUGUUCAAAAGUGUAUCCACUUCUGCAUAAUCAAAAUGGCCUUUUUUGGUUAUAUUGGUAUAGCCCAAAGUUUGAUAGCUAUAAAUGGUACAAAUAAUUUAUGGUUGCAUAUAUGCUAGGCUAGCAGGGUGGUCAGUUAGCAUUAUACUAAGCUGGCAGGCUAAAAAAUGUAAUGGUACGCUAAACUAGCAAACUGAUCAGCUAGUGUGCGCUAACCUGCCAGGCUAAUCAGUCAGAAGUUUGCUAAGGCUUAUUGGCCAGAGAUAUGCAGAGCUAGCAUGCCAGAGAGUUUGCAAGCUAACUGAAAACUGAACAGAAAAUGCUUAAUUUGAGCAUCUACAGCUUUAGGUUAUAUAGUGUGUUAUGCGACAUACACUACCGUUCAAAUGUUUGGGGCUGAUUUAGAAUAAGAUUUUUCUUUUGUUCACCAUAGCUGCAUUUAUUUGACACCUAAAGCAAAAAAAAAGUUGUAAAAAAAAAAAAAAAAAAGGAAUAUUGUGAAAUAUUGUUACAAAUUAAAAAUAACCAUUUUUUAAUGCAUACUUUUUGAAUAGAUUUUAAAAUGUAAUUUAUAGAGGGUAUGCAUGUGACGUCACCGUCGACCGUUAUAACUGUGGUUACGUCCACUGAGUGGCAAAAGACUGAGUGGCAGCAUUGGUUUUCAGCGUGAAUGCCACGAAAAACACACAAAACACAUCCAAAACAGGAAAGAGCUUUGCGAUUGACUGUACAAAUAGCUUUGACACAAAAUCUGAGGUAUAUUUUUACAGACUGCUGAGAGCUACAGAAAAAAAGAAGCAAAUGGGUCACUGCAAUUCACAGAAACAGCUGGACUCCAGCCAGAGAAACAUGGAUUUGCAGUUAUCAUUUUGUGUCAAAAUAUUGGAUUUUGGGGUAAAAUCAUACCCUAUAUAUUAUAUUGUUAUAUAUUGUGUUGUCAACUCAUCAAUUAAAUAUUUACCAUCUUAUAUUCUGCAUAAUUGGGUGUUUUUAAAUAAACACGGACAAAAACUCUACAAGUUUUAGGGCUGGACGAUAUGACGAUAUAUAUAUAACAUUAAUAUAAGUGAUCACUCAGAUUUAGACCUACCUAUAUUGCAGUUAUACAAAGCGUUCACAGGCAGAUUUGCUUUAUGUAUUUCCCUGGUGUCGAAAUCAGGCACAUAUAAAUGUCAGGAAACACGAUUCCUUGCUGCAUGUCAAUAUCCAUGGAUUAGGUUUCUUUGACAUGUUAUAAGGAACACUUUCGAGCACAACCUUUAGUGUAAUCAUUUGUUUUUCUUGCGUUUUCACAGUUUCUCCUAUUAAAUUCAGUCAUGCAGCAGGUUCUUUUGCCACUCAGUCCGGCUGAGGAGCGCGUUCCACGGGGAAAGUGAUGUCUAUGCAUACGCUCUAUUCAUGUGAUGGCAAAGCUGAAUUUUCAGCAUCAUUACUCCAGUCUUCAGUGUCACAUGAUCCUUCAGAAAUCAUUCUGAUAUGAUGAUUUACUGAUCAGGAAACAAUUCUUAGUAUUAUUCAUUUUAAAAACAGUUGUGCUGCUUAACUUGAAACAUUUUUUUCAGGAUUCUUUAAUGAAAAGAAAGAUAAAAAAAGUUACUUUAUAAAUGUCUUUAUUGACACUUUUAAUCAAUUUAAUGUGUCCUUGCUGAAUAAAAGUAUUAAUUUCUUAAAAAAAAAAAAAAGACCCCAAACUUAUUAACAGUAGUGUAAAUUAAAUGACAUUCGUUGCUGUUUAGCCAACAGAACAUGCAUCAUAAAGCAAUUGUGUUUCUGUCUGUAUACUAAUAUUUCUAAUCAGGCAUCAAAUAGAGUACUCACUAAAGGUUCUUUCAGUCAGUAGAAUCACUUUGGCAUAGGAUUCUGCGGAAACUUGCAUGAAUACCGGGCCACAAUUCUUUAAGCGAGAGAGUCUAGAGUAGCUUGUGACUGUCUGAAGUGUCGUUCUGUCUGUAUGCUGUUUCCCCUUCAGGCUCUUGAAACUUGAAAUGGAAGGUGCCAGCUGCGCUGGCACACCACGAAAAAAUAUGUAAUUUCUUCGCCUUUUUAUUGUUUUAUAAUUUUUUCCCUUUCCCCUGAAAAAAGAUACUGGUUAGCUGAGGGUUGUAAGUUGGCUAUUUAUUCAUGUUUAUAUAAAUGAAAUAGAUAUUUUUUAGUCAAUGACUAAUGUCUAUAUGCUGUUUUUGCAGCUCAUUCAAUACCUUUUGUAAACAAGCUGCCUUUAUUUACAAAGGCUAUCAUCCCAACCAUAUUACAACUAUAAACACAAGAUGCGGUACUAGUACGGGCGUUGGUAAAGACCUUUCCGCCCCUCCACCUGAGGUCCAUCUGUUCAUUUCAUAAACGUUGAGUGGGAAACUAACUGGAUGAAUGAUCUUAAAUGACCUCAAGAACUGAGAUUCCAGUCAUGCUGCUUCUCAUUUUCUUUAUUCUAGUCUUUUUAUACGAGCCAGUGUUUGGUAUUUUGUCAUAUAUAUUGGUCAAACGAACAAAAACGGACAUCGGCUGGACUGGUUGGUAACAUCCAUGCAAUUUCAACAUGGCUUCUAAGGUUCCUGGGCUCAGUAGCCUGGAGGACGCCUCAGCCACUUUCUUCUGCACGUACGCCAUUUGGACGUCACAUUUUCCAGAUUGGGCCGUCCGGAUUACUCACAUCCAUAAUAAUGAUAGGGUGGCCUCUCAGAUCUGACUGAGAUGUAUUUUUAGUGAGGAAGAUUGAAAGCUUGCUGGACUCUACAGUUUGCAUUGGACCAACAUUUUCUUCGUUUUUACAAACCUUUAAUGUUUCUACAUUGCAAAUGUACGACUCCAUAUUUAAACUGGGCUAGUGUGGCUUGUUGCGCUCUCUCAUUUGAGGAGCACGUCUCCUCUGGGACUCUGUGGCCCUGGCCUAGCCAUCACUUUGUAUGCAAUCUGAUUGUUAUCUGGUCCUCAGAGAGGUGGCGUCCCGCCCAGGGUGCGCAAACAGUGAAAUGUCAUUGCUGUCAUGUGAUCCAAAGGAGGACCUUAAAUUUUCAAUAAAGCACUCUUGUCAUUCAUAUGUUCCCAGUGGGAUGCGAAAUUGGAAUGCAUUGUUAUUUAAAUUUUUUAAUAGAGCGUUUAAUGCUUGUCUAAGUGGUGUUACAUCCGUACUGUACGUGUGGAAGUGCAAAUUAUUUGAUAUUCUUAAAAGACAAAUUAUAUGAAAUUAUCUAUUCACAUGCAUCUCAUUGACUUCUGACUUAUAAUCUUGGCUUGUUGAUACAUGAGGAUUCAGUCACUGGAUAGUUGAAUAUUAAUGUUAAGAACCAUUUUACUUUUAAAGGUGAAGUGUUUCAUUUUAUUUCAAUGUUUAAAAUACUUUCUACUAUCCCAGUUUAGUGUGCAAAAGCCUCCCAAUGAGUGUAAACACUGGCUUUUUUUUUAAAUUGCUCUGCUUAUUUGAGCUGUCCAACAUGCCUGCUUCUGGCUCAAGCAGUGAUGCAUGUUUGGGGCGGGGCUACUUGUUUCAGAACAGUGGGAAAUGGGGCGUGGCCUAAGACAAUAGGUGUGUUCGACUUCAGUUGCGGCUGGAUUUAACCGAUAAGCGAGGAGUCAGAGGAGGAUUUGAAAACGUAGACAUAAUGUCAGACACUUUCUGCUCCCAGUAUUGAUGCUUACACGGUGUCUACGUCCUUUAGUCUCCUUUAGUGUUUUCAUGUAGAAACAGAAACACUUUUCAUUCAAUACUUUAUGUACUGCUUAAUACAGUGCCUGUAUGUACAAUAAAGUUCAACAUAAGACUAUACUAUUGAAACACCGAUAAAGUGGGGUCUAUAUUUUUAUUAUUUUGGAUUAACUGUUUAACUGUUUAAUUACUGUUGUAAAAACAUGAACAUGCAACUGAAGGUGUCAGAAUAAACAUGAAACACGUCAUCUUUUGUCAUCAGUGAAUUCAGCUGAAACAGCUGUUUCAUCACCAGAGCUCUUGCAGCCGCUCUGGAGAAACUGCGCAGAAUGAGCCAGCCGACUGCUCUCGAAUCGGUCUCACGCAAACAUGCUUAAUAACAUUUGCAGCUGUUUGUUGCUACACAGAUUAUGCACUUCACCUUUAAAGAAAUAGUUCAGCCAAAAGUUAAAAUCCUCUCAUGAUUUACUCGCCCUCAUGUCGUUCUGUGGAACAGAAAAGAAGAUAUUUAGAAAAAUGUUAUUUUUGUCCAUGCAAUGAAAGUCAAUGGGGUUUGAAAAAACAUUAGACCCCUUUAACUUUCAUUGUACAGACAAAAAAAGGCAAAAUAUCUCUGUAAAUAAUGACAGAAGUUAAAUUUUUAUCCCAUUCAGAUCACUGUAAAGGAUGGAUCUCAUCUCACAAAUACAGCAACAUACCUCUUUCUUUCACAUUACUUACAAUCUGAAAUGUCUAUUCUAACGUUCACAUUAUUAUUAAAUGAUAUUUAUUACAACAUCACUCAGACAUCUCUUCUGUACUAUAGCUAUUUUGGUAGGAAUGACUAUGUAAAGUAUUUUAUAUUGGACUGACGUUCAUAAAGUAUUGUAAAUAACUUUGUUUUUAAAAAGACGUGUCAUAGUGGGUCAGGUGUUGGUGUGUUGAGUGGCACUGUAGACCAUCAAAUCUUUCAUGUGAAGGGGUUUGUGAAGGGCUGUACUAGUCUGAGUGUGUGAUUCGGCUCUUAAUGAACAUUUUUGCCUUUCAGAGAAUCUCAUGCCAGAUUGCUGUUCUCUGUGCUGGAAUGUUUUGUUGAGCAACUGUUGCACAAUUUAUUUAAACUCUUCAGUCGGAGGGGACCUCUGUGCCUUAGCUGUUGUUCCCAACCUUUGUGUCUGUAAGCAUUGAACAUGUCGUCUCUGUAUCUUUCAUUUCUCCACGAAACCAAAAAAAAACUGCUGUUGUAAAUGCCUUCUGUAUCAAUGUUCUUUCGGUUUUGCUGUUCUUUUCUUCAUACUGAAUUUUUGAAUAAAAAAAACUCCUCUGUCAUCUCA